AUGGGUCGUGUUAGAACAAAGACAAUCAAAAGAGCCUCAAAACUCCUCAUUGAAAAGUAUUACCCAAGACUUACCAAUGAUUUUGACACCAACAAACGUACUUGCGACAAAGUUGCCAAAAUCCCAUCAAAGAGAUUAAGAAACAAGAUUGCUGGUUUCGUCACUCAUUUAAUGAGACGUAUCGAAAAAGGCCCAGUCCGUGGUAUCUCAUACAAAUUACAAGAAGAAGAAAGAGAAAAGAGAGAUAACUACGUUCCAGUUAACUCUGUCAUUAAAACCGACGAAGUUAAAAUCGAUCGUGAUGUCGAAGAAAUGCUUAAAGCUACUCUUGAUUUCCCAAAGAUUGAACAAAUCCACGUUGUUGACUCAAAGAGAAAACACAAAAAAUCAAACAAAUAA